UUGUAGAAUUACAUCCAUCUGCGAGAGCUUCAACUUGACCUUGCGAAAAGCAUCCACCUCCAGAGUGACCUGUUAGAGAGAAAAAAUCGAUCUCGAGUAGUAUAUCGCCAAUCGGUGUCUGGAGAAUGCGCCGUAAACCCCUAGGUUUCAACGUCCAAUUCUAUUACUCCACCAGUAUCUGAUAUCAGCAAUUGUCUCCCCUCCCUCGUCCAUCUCGUACGCGCCGAGACGCCGAGGCACGCCGCAACUCCCCGGCCAGACUCGCGAACAUCACUCUGCUAGAUGGGCGCAUUGUGUUAUCCCUCACUCUAGUAAUACCUACUCACCUUCACCAAUAUGUCCGGGCAUUUUGAGAUACCCGGCUUGACCUUCUCAUUACAGGCAUCGCAACCACCGCAGCCACCGCAGCCGGUACAACCCUCACAACCCGCACAACCCUCACAGCCGUCGGAGUCGUCAGAGUCAUCAGGGCCAUCAGAGCCAGCACAGCCAGCACAGCCAGAGGCCACCCAGCCCCAACCAGUGACCCAGCCUACUACCCAAAAAGAGACAGAACCAGCCGCCCAGGAGGACGGCGACACUGCUAUUCCCGAUGCGCCUCCGAGCCCCCCUUCCCUUACUUCGGCCCUGGAGGCUCUUCUCGGCGGCCUAGAACCGUCGCCUCCGCCUCCCAGCGCCGCACCCGCGCAACCGAAUGGCAGCGAGCCGAGCGGGCAGGCCAACGGCGCCCCGGCGGGCCAGGUGCCGGAAGACGACCAGAAGAGCGAGGCCGGGUGGGAGGAAGACUCCUCGCCGUACGUGUCGUCGUCUGACUCGAGCAGCUCCGACGACUCGGACGACGACGACUCGUCGGAAGACGCGAGGAAUUAUAAGCUUCUCGGCCCCGAGGAGACUGCCCGCAUCCUCAUGGAGAUGGAGGGCGGCUCGGACGACGAGGGCGACGGCAAGGCGCGGGGCUCCGGCUCCGGCGCGCAGGUCCGGACCAAGAACGAGAUCCCCGAGGAGGUGAUCCCCAAGCCCGACGUGACGCUCGCGCCCGACGCGGAGAUCACGGAGCUCGGCGUGGUCGAGCACAUCGUCGAGAGCACCGUGGUCAUCAAGGCGCACACCACGGGGGAGUACUCGGUGCUCGACAGCGGCUCGGUGCUCUGCACGGCGGACCGGACCGUGGUCGCGGCGCUGGCCGACCUGAUCGGCAACGUGCGGCAGCCGCGCUACACGGCGCGGUUCGCCAGCGACGACGAGAUCCGCGCGUUCGGCCUCGAGCUCGGGGCCAAGGUGUUCUACCCGCCCGCGCACGCGUCCUACGUCUUCACGCAAGCGCUGCGCGGCGACAAGGGCACCGACGCCAGCAACUGGCACGACGAGGAAGUCGGCGACGACGAGAUGGAGUUCUCCGACGACGAGAAGGAGGCCGAGCACAGGCGGCAGCUCAAGGCCAAGAAGAAAGGAGGGCGCGGCGGGAAGACCGGCGGCGCCGGAGGCGGAGGCGGAGGCGCAGGCGCGAGAGCAGGCCAGCGCGAAACCCCGUCCUCGUCCGCGGCCGGCGGCAGCCUGAAGUACGACGACGACGACGACGACGAAGACCUGGACGGCCCCUACCGGAAGCUGACGCGGCCGCCGGGCUUCGGGCAGGGCCCGCAGGCCCCUCCGGAACCCGGCAACGGCGGCUCGCGUCGCGCGGGCCGGAGCCGAGGACCGCGGAACCACGGCUUCGACCGCGGGGCCCGCGGCAACCGCGGAGGCCCGCGAAGCGGCCACUCCCUGCCGCCUCGGCCGUCGCGAGGGCAGGAGUACCCGCCACAGGCGCCGGCGGCGCCUCCGCCUCAGCACGGCUACCCCCCGAUGCCGCUAGCGGUCGCCAACGCGGUGUUCCCGCCGCUGCCGCCGCAGUUCCAGGGCAUGGCGCCCCCGUCGCCGGUGAACGGCGGCCACCCGCCGCUGCCGCACCCACCGUUCUCGUUCCCGUGGGCGGCUAAUGUGCCGCAAGGGUUCUUCCCGCCGCCGCCGCCGCAGUUUACGGCGGCCCAGCCGCAGCCGCAGCCGCUGAACGCGCCCGGAGCCGGCACGUUCUACAACCCGGCCUUCUUCGCCGCGCUCCAGAGCCAGAUGCAGCACGGCCAGCCCGGCCCCCAGAACGGCGGCCACUGGCCCCGGCCCAGCGGCGGGCCCUCGUAGCGCCCCCCCCCCCGACGCCGCCGUCUCCGAACCGUGG